AAACAGCUUCACGCGGAGAAGCCUCGCGCAUCGCUGAUGGUUGAACUUGUUGUGCGCGUGCACACAUCCUCAAGUGUGUGUUUGAGUGUUGGGGUGUAUAAAACCUCUGCAGCAGGACUCGGGAAAGCCAGAGUGAAUGUGUGUUGUCAAAGUUCCUCUUUAUUUUUCUCCUGAGGUAAAAACCAGCGACCAGGAGAUCAGAGUUUUCCAGCCAUGAUGUUUCCCUGCAGCGCUCUGCCACCCCCUCUCUGCCCGGCCUUAAUGCGUCCCCCUUCGGCUCUCUCCUCGCCCCUGACCCGCUCCCUUCCUUCAGGCUUCCUGGUUGAGGACCUACUCCGGCUGAGCCAGCCUGUCAACUACAUACAGCGGACCGUCUCGCCCCGGGGUCCAGGGGACGUGUUCCCCCUCAGCCCGGGGUUGGGUGCUUCUCCCCGGGCGUUUGGACCAAGCAGAGAGCGGUCUGUGCUCCAGAGCUCCAGCCAGCCGAGUCACAGCAGCCCCGGGUCUCCCCAGACAGCCUGCCCGGACUCUGGAUACCUCAAGUUUGGUGUCAGUGCGAUACUGGCCCCGUCCACACGAAGCGGUGAGUGUGUGCUGAACUUUGGACGCUGAUGUGUUGGUUUUUGUUUUUCCCACGAGAAUGUGUUAUGCCAAUAUAACAAAACAUUUAAUAUUUUAAAAAUUACUAUUAUCAUUUAUAAAGUUUAGCAGCGCUGUAAAUUAUGUCAGCAUAUUUGUUAUAUGGGCAGUGUAUUAAAAUCAGCAAAUAGUCUAUGCAAUGUUUUAGUAGCAACAUCCAGCAAAGCAAUUAAUGUUCAUUAAAUAAAGAUGCUAUUAAACAUCUGCAUCAAAUCUAUAUCAUUUAAUAAACACCACUGUACCUUUUUUCACAGCUGGACUUUUUUGGGGGGUCCUAUUAUAGUCCUAUACAGAAAGCAAUAGUUCCAUAAUUAUCUAUUAUUUUUAGAGUCAUCAUUGUAGUCUGUUGUAGCAUUAAUAUGAAGAUAAUUUUAGGCUGUAUGAUUUCUUCUCUUCAGCUCAGAGUGUGCAGAAGUCCUUCCCUUUGCCUUUCUUUGACAGAAGUCUUCAUCCCUUCAUCAGAGCAUCUUAUUUCACAGGUGAGUGGAUUCACCUGUUUUGCAUUUUAGUUUAGUUUCAGAGCUGGUCAUGUAUGCUAUCUCUUUUCCCACAUAUUCACCACAGCUUUAGCAGAGAAAUACACUGUAAAACUGUGAGUUAAAAUUCAAGCAACUUGCAGUCACUCGACCAGUUUCUCUCAGGCGUUCCUGCACGUUAAAACACUUUGGAAACUCUUGUUUUUGAAAGUGCUACAUAAAUGAAGUUAUUAUUAUUAUUUCCUUCUAUGCAGAUACUUAAUCCUCCAAAGAAACUUGGCAUGUUUUAUGCAUUCAUGCCUCACUUUUUGUUAAUAUAAGCUAUUGUAUUAUUUGCCUGAAUUUGAUCACUGGAAGCAUGUAAACUUUUAAAAGUGUGUAUUCAAUUCAACUGUCCUUCACAUGUAAAAAUGAGAACUUAACUUUAACAAUGGUAACUAAAUAAUUUAAAAAUUAUUUUCUGAUGCAUCUGAUUUAUUGUGGGAUUUCGUUGAAACAGUUAAAGGCUCCUCUUGUUUUAAUCACUCUCUAACAGGAUGAACUCUGUAUUUGACGAAAGAAAAUAGCACACAGUACACCAUAAACUAGAUUAUACGGCUCUCUCAAUCAAUGCACAGACUUAUAUCAUACAAACAUGGAACUAAUUGAACUAAUGAAAUGUGGUAAGUUUUGACUAUUUAUUUAACUAUUAAAUUAUCUUUGGUUGGAGGCCAGAGCAUUAAAAAAUCUAAAGGGGCUUAGGCAGAUAUAGUGUUCUGUGAUGCAAACCUUCAAGCACUACUUACAUUCAUACACAAUUAUUAUUUUUUGUCAGUGAUAUUGUUUGUAAAGGGACAAUAUACAAAAUUAACCAUAAAUCUCAAUAUUCGAUGUGUUAUACCAGUGUUAGCUGUUAGCUCAUCUUCUUAACGGGUAACAUUUGAACAUAUACAGUGAAUUGGGUUUAUAUUUAUUUUGUUGAUAUAUUUCCAUGGCUUCCCAUGUCUUUGAGGCAACUCAUCAUAACCAUCCACCCUCUGAUAUGUCCAUGUGUGCAUGAAAAAUGAGAAAACAAAUCCCUGUGGAAAUAAUCAUGUAUUGAACAAAUGCUGACACACCACUAUUGUUUUAAUAGAAUAUAAUAUAGGCAUUCAUGGUGCAAAUUUGGAAUAACUUUUCCAAAAACUUGCUGGGAUUAUUUAUUUUUUCCAAAACUUUUCCAGGCCUGAAAAAGGCCUUUAAGGUUUGCUUUUUGACUUUUCCAGGUCUUUCACGAGUGUUUAAAUCUUGAUCGAUUGAGCUGCUUGAAACAAAGAACACAGAGUAGCACAUCACAUUCACACAUUUUGUACAAGUAUCAUCAAAAGUGCCGUGGGGACAGCAUUUCUUCAAACUGUGUUAUUUAUCAGUUCAUUCAAUUUUUAUUUAUAAUUUUUUUUUUUUUGCAUCAUACAAACUAAUGACCAAUACUACAUUAUUCAAUCCUGAACUGGUUUACGAUGGUUUUCCAUGGAUGGGACUCUGGUUAUAAAAAACUAAAUAUUGAAUAUAUGAGAGGUGGUAUCAAGCACAAACGCAGAGGAACAUGGAUGCGUAAAAAAACAGAGUUAAACAUUUACACAUCAGACUGUACGUAACACAGAUUAAAACAUUGUAAACAACAUAAAACAGGAUGCUCCAGAUCAUGCACACAGCUUAGUCUUCUUCGAAUGUUUUCAGUCACAUGUUUGGCAGUGAAAUUUGGAAAUCUGGUGCGAAUCUUGACAGGUUCUUUCCCAGGCCAAGCUACACCCAUCCUUUAAGAUUUAUAGAGAUUUGUGUGAUAGUUUUGCUGACAAAUAGGCAAAAGAUACUGAUCAUAUGACCUCUUUGUUGGUUUAAGCAGAACAGAUCUUAGAGUGGUUCAAAUUUGGAUUUUACAUUAUCUGAAAUUAGAAGAAACGCUCAUUCUACAGGCUUGUAAAGGUAAUGAGGUCUUCUUAGUAUGGGAAUCCCCCCCGGACAGCCUCAGAAUCAGCUCCGCCAAUUUGAAGGCCUAUUUAGGCGACUCACUGACUGCUGACAUUAGCACCAGUUGUCCUAAUCUACAAAUUAGUCCAGUUUGUCACGCUCUCAACCUAUUAGUGCCGUUUGUCAUGGUCUAAAUGUGAGGCGGGCAUCUUCCCAGCUCGGGAACUCAACGCCUCUUCACGCCACCUUCGUUUUCCCACCAAGCCCCCUCGGCCUGCCCACAAAGCUCCCAGCACCAUGACCAAAGGGAGCCAAAACCACACACACACACAAACAUAGAGACACGCAUUCCACAAAGUCCUGCACUCGGUGUAUAAAUUAAAUGUAGAUAUAGUUUCAGCUUAUUUUCCGGCGUAUAAAUCAAUUCAGUCAAACAGUGAGGAUUUUAGUGUUUUAAGACUCAGCAUCUGUGUGACAUGAUGUGUGUGAAUGUGUGUGUGCGACUCAAAGCUCUCUGUGUCCUCUGAAGCUGAAGUGAAGACUCUCCAGCAGCUCUACAUUAUACUGACCUGUCUUUAAUGGGUCUGUAAUAUACUGGCCUGUCGACGGCCUUUUCCACUCAAUUCAUUACAACACAAUCACCUUUCUCUGUGCAUUUGCAGCCCAUACAAUCCCUCUUCAUGCUUCAUUAGAGGCAGUGUGAGCGCAGCUUUGGAGAGCCCGUCUCAUUAGCAUAGGCUCUGUUUCCACCGGCCGACAAAUUGGGCUUUUAAACACCAGAUUUCAGGCAGAACAAGUAUAUUAUGGGCAGCAUCAGGGAGCCUGUGUGUGAGUGAUGCUUUUUCUGAGAGGACUUUGCGAAAUCAAAGUGGUCAAAGUUUUUUUCUGAAUGAACAUAAAAGCUUCUUUUUAAGAGUGAAAUCCAAACUUUUAUCCAUUGAAAACCUGUCUUUCUGUUACGCAAAGAAAAAAAAACUCAGACAUUUGCUCGGAAUACAAAAUGAAUGGCAGACAAAUAUUUGACAAAGUCACAUUUUUCAUCAACAUGUCAAAGUUAAUCCCAGUGAAAGGCUAAGGAAAACCUGGAGAUGCACAAAAGAUGCUUUAGACAUAAAAAAGGGCAGUUUUCUGCAGCUCAUAUUAAUGCACAAAUAUAUUAUACAGUAUAAAAAAAUCUGUGGCAAGUCAUUGGGGAUAAUGAUUAGUAAAAGGACCUUUUAAUUACCAGCAGGGGGCAACAUAAUUUUAUAAAGAGGAGCCAAUGGAAUGAGUGUGAGAAAAGGGGUUUACUUUUGACACAUUUUUUACUUUUAUUCUGCAGACAUUUUCCUGAUGAGUUUAGGGCCACAGUCUUUUCUAAUGCACAGUGAUAUCCAUGUUUUAAAUGUAGUUCAAAAAGUCAAAUAUAUCAUUAAAAAAGGGGGUGUAAUCACCAGUGAUUGACAGGUGGUCCAUGAUACAGAUGAGGCAAAAAUUAUCUCCACCACAUAAGUUAUUUCUUUAUUUAUAUAUAUAUAGAUACAACUUGUGACCUUUAGACACCAAACUUGGAGCUUCUGCAGGAGUUCUGUGCAGGUUAAGCAACCACCAAGCUCUAUAGAUAGAUUCUAAACAAUUGUUAUAUUGGUAGUUUUAGGAAUGUAAUAAAAUUGGCAAUUUUUUAAAAGUUAUUUUUGGCCAGUUAUUGGCUUCAUUUAAUUGUACAGAUUAAAGCUCCUGUCAGGAACUUUCACUAUGUGUCAGUUCUGGCGCCCCCUGUGGACAAGGCUUUACUUAACUUAUUCUUCACAUGCAGGAGUGGUGAGUUUAUAAAAAGAAUCUCAUCCUGCCCACUUUUGACUGUCAAAUGUGUCAUUAGCUGUGGAUAAUUUAUGUGGAAAUCGUAGACCAGGGCUUCUCACUGACCCCCACCCCCUCACAACAGUGUCAGGAAAUAAAAACUAAAAUAUAAAAGCUAUGGAUCCUAUAGCUCAAAGUUUUUGUUUGCUUUUGUUUAUCAUAAAAAGGCAUCAAUAUGAACUUAAAUCAGUUUCUCAAAUGUCCAAAACCUCCUCACAGGAGCUUUAAGUUUUACCUCUAAUAUACUCUAUUUUAAUGAGACUGUGUUUUGUGCCUCUAGCCUCUUCCUCUGUGGUCCCAGUUCCUGGAACAUUUUCCUGGCCCUUGGCCCCUAGAGGGAAGCCCAGGAGGGGGAUGCUGCGGCGUGCUGUUUUCUCAGACCUCCAGAGAAAGGCGUUGGAGAGAACUUUCCAGAAGCAGAAAUACAUUAGCAAACCAGACCGGAAGAAACUUGCCAGUAAGCUUGGACUGAAAGACUCUCAGGUACUUACUUUCUGGUUCUGGAGUUUAUGUAUUUAAAAAGUCAAUUUUAGCCAAUAAGUUACAAAAACUUUGAAUUGCAGCCAUUACAGCCUGUUAAAGAAAAUCUUUUCAACCGCCUCAAUAAACCCAAACCACAUGUGACAAAGCUCCAGGACUCUUUGUAAUAUCUUUUUGUGUGUCCUGUAAAGGUCAAGAUCUGGUUUCAGAACCGCAGGAUGAAGUGGAGAAACUCCAAAGAGAGAGAGCUGCUGUCCACGGGCGGCUGCCGUCAACAGACCCUCCCCACAAAAACAAACCCUCACCCAGACCUCACUGAUGUAGGCAGCACUUUCUGCCAGAGGCUGGACAGGACUGGACCCAGCACCCAAGCACUGACGGGGAGCCAGGAGACACAUCAGCACCAACACCAUCAACAUCAUCAUCAUCAUCACAGUCCCUCCUCUCCAUCAGAGUCGAGCAAACAGUCUGAGUCAGACAGUGAAGAAAUCACAGUCUCGUAAAGCUACGGACACUUUUGGUUUCAUGUAAAUAUAGGAGGUUCUUGAAUCAGCUGUGUUUUUACAGCUACUUCCCCUCAGUGUCAUAUUUCUGUACAGCGUUGUUUAUAUCGUUUCUAUAUGUAGUUCAGUUUAUCUACAUACACUAAAUAAGGUAUACUGAGCUGUUUUAGAUGCUUUAAGAUUGAAAUGUUCAAACUUUUAAAUAUACAAACUGUUGUUUUCACACAAAUUUGUAUUUUUUAUAUUUUCUAAUAAAUCUUGAAGUGUUAAAUCCA